UUAGAAAGUAGCCUGUCUACUCUCUUACAAGUCUCAGCAAGUUAGAUACGCGAUCGUUUGCCGAUCCGACUUAAACUUUCAGUAAUGUGUGCAUGUGCGCUUGGGCGCGUUGUCCUGCCUGCCUAAUGUCUUCCUUACUCUCCGCCCCUAGGCGUUUCAAGGAACAUUGUAACCAUAGACAUACAUGUCUAUGAUUGUAACAUCCGAGCAGCGGUUGUUCUAAGAGGAAGCGCCUGUGAACUAGACCGUCAGAGCCGUAAAGAAGGCACAAUGGCAGAGAACAAGAUUGGGCCGAAUAUUGGUGCUGGGGCUGGAAUUUUUGCUAAACGGGUACAAAAGUCAUUGAACCGAGCUCAGGAAAAGGUACUACAAAAACUGGGGAAAACCAUGGAGACCAGAGAUGAGCAGUUUGAGCAGUGCUCCCUUAAUCUUAUCAAGCAACAGACUGAUGGGGGCAGGCUGCUAAAAGAUGUACGGGCAUACUUCACAGCUGUGAAAGCAAUGCACGAAUCAUCCAAGCGUCUGUCCCAGACGUUAAAGGAUGUGUACGAACCAGAGUGGCAAGGAGGAGAAGACCUACCCAUCAUUAUGGAUAAUGAAGAUCUUCUUUGGAACGACUUUGAAGAGAAACUAGCUGACCAGAUACUGCACACCAUGGAGAAUUAUAACAGCCAGUUUCCUGAGGUCAAGGAGCGCAUGGCCAAACGGGGUCGCAAGCUGGUGGAUUACGACUCCUCGCGCCACCACUUGGAAGCGCUCCAGAGUGCAAAAAAAAAAGACGACGGGAAAAUAGCCAAGGCAGAGGAGGAGUUCAACAAAGUGCAGAGAGUCUUUGAGGAAAUCAACAAAGAACUAAGAGAGGAGCUUCCGGUUCUCUAUCAGAGCCGGAUUGGAUGCUAUGUGACCGUAUUUCAAAACAUCUCCAACCUGAGGGACGUCUUCUACAAGGAGAUGAGCGUGCUGAACCAUGAGCUAUACAAUGUGAUAAAGAAACUUGAUUCUCAGCAUUCAGGGAAAGCCUUUAUCAUCAAAGGCCUCAACAGUGGGACUAAAUUAAGCAAGAAGAGGAAGUCCCUGGUUAUAUCUGCCCCCAUUCCUUGCAACACAGCCUUCCCAGCAGACCACACUUCUCUCCAUACCUCCUUGGCUCCCAGUGGCAAAGAUUCUGACCCAUUUGCCCAUCCACAAAGUAUCUUGGAGGAGUUCUCUCAGGAAGUCAAUGGCAGCAGCCGGGGAAGCUCUCCUCAACUCACCAUGGGCAUUUCUGAAAUGUCAGACUUGGAGGAGCUGAGCUACAUGGGUCCUGGGAUGCCCAAACGCCAGUCCAUGUGCGACAGUGAGAAUUCCACCCCAAGUGAUGGCACCAGUGAAGGUCUCAGCCACCCAGAGAGUAUGGCACAGGAGGAAGACCAGGUUUAUAGCCAAUCUGAGGGCUUGGAGCAGGUGUAUAGCCAAUCUGAGGAGACCACAGAUCCAAAUGUGACUCCAUCUAAGUUUAUGGAGAGUGAUAUGCCAGCUUCACAGCCCAAACCAGAGAACGCAAAUGUGGCUGAACCUAGGCAGAUUGCCAAACUGCCACCCAUACCUGCUCCUCCCAUUUCCUCAAACAGACACUCCUUCCCUCCUGUGGAGGACAGCCAAGUGGGGGAACAGAAGAAGGAGGAUAAGGGAGAUGGGGUUUCUCAGCAACUCCCCAUAGACAUCAAAAGCACUGGUCAUGACAUUUACCUAAAUCCACCUGGCUUCCUUUACAAGGUAUUGGCAUUAGAGGGUUCUGGAGAAGGACAGUUGCAGUUCAGUAAGGGAGACAUCAUUCUGGUCCUGGCUGACACAGAGGAAAAGAAGGGAAUGGUGAAGGGAGUGAGAGAGGAGAGCUGGAUGCAAUACAGGGAUCUAGUAGACCACUCGGGUGCUGUUUCCAACAAUCUAAUCCAACCAAUCUAGUCUUGAGUGAAUCAACAGAAGCUUCUUGGGGAAGGACUUUGUGUGACACAAACGUUGGCAGUCAACCUUGACGUUAAGGGCUGAGAAGAGAGAAAUACCCCUCCAGUGGUAUGGGAGUGUGUGUGUGUGUGUGUUUGUGGGGGGGGGGGGGUGGGGUGGGGGGGGGGGGUAGUGAAAGAUGUUACAUAUUUCUUUUCAGUUUGAACAAAUCUCUCAGAGACCAUGUGACUUGCAGUAUUUGUAAUGGUAUAUAAAUUAAAAAGUGCUAUACGUUGACUCGAUUUGAAAACGGAAAAGAUUUGAUUAAUAAAGUUAUCCAAAUGGAAAAAGCUGGAUAUUAUCACUGAUUAUUACUACCUCACACAAUUUAAUAUAGGGGAAAGUGGGGUGAGUUGUGCCAGUUUUUACUUGACUUUAAAGCGAGGCCAUGACAGUAAUGCUUCCAACUAAAAUAUGUACAUAUAUUUUAGUAUGUGGUGCAUCCCUGGGAACAAUCACUUUGGAUCUGAAAUAUAGUAUUUAAGAAAUAUAGAUUUCUGGUCUGGUCUCGUGGAACAACUUGCCCCCGGUGCGGGGUAAGUUGUGCCUUUAGAGAGAAUACAUUGGGGUAAAUUGUGCCAUUGAUUAUUGAAGUAAAACAGUAUAUUUCUGUCUCAGACGCUGUGAUGCUAAAUAAAAGCUAGACCAAUUCAAUAAAAAAUUACUCAUUUAGGGUUUAUUUAAAGUUAUUUUACAACACCAAAGGCUGAUUUUCUACAAGUCUAUUGCACCACAUGAGCACAUCACAGACAUCCCAACCUGCAGAGACUCAUUUCGGGGACGCCCCCGGGACGCAAUCAGGAUGUGCGAUAUGCACCUGUCUCGACCAGAAAUGACCAUUGGACAGUCUCUCGCUCGCUCUAAAUACAAAAUCUCAGAUUUCCGGGAGAUUGUAUAACAUUUGCACACACAGAUUCCUGGAAUUAUAGAUAGGGCACAGUGCCCACGAUGAGGUUUGUUGACACACAGAUUUCUGGAAUUAUAGAUAGUCCAUUGCCCAUGUUGCAACUGGUGAUGACAGUUCUUCUCAGUGGUUUUGGUACCUAUAUUUCUCAGAUAACAAUUGAAAUUCUCUGUCAUCUCUGAAGUACUUGUUAAACCUCCACACGUAGCCUACAUUCAUGCAAAUGAUUAUGUAGCCUUUGUUUGUCUGUUUUCUAUGUAAUAAAUUGCUUUGGUUAUGUUGAUCAAAAUGUA